GAGUCCAAGCGCCGUGGAGGAUAUGCUGGAUGUAGAGAACAAGCGUAUGGCAGACAGCCUAGCCAACAAGGUCACCAGGCUGAAGUCGCUGGCUCUGGAUAUUGACAAAGAUGCUGACGAACAAAACCGCUACCUGGAUGGCAUGGAUUCAGAUUUUAUGAGUGUGACUGGCCUGCUAACCGGCAGCGUGAAGCGUUUCUCCACCAUGACACGGUCCGGGAGGGAUAACCGCAAGUUGCUCUGUUCUGUUUCAGUGGGACUGAUUGUUGUUUUCUUCAUCCUCUACUAUCUCGUGUCCAAAGCAGGGACUUGAGCUUGUUCUGCAAGUUUUACAGAACAAAAAACAUGAUGAUUGACAGACUUGUUCCAAUGCCUUUCUCAGUC